AGGUGCCUGCACCACUGUAUUCUUCUGUACCCUAUCGUGAACAUGUCUUGGUAAACGUAUCAGUCUGAAAAGGAAUUUACUGGGUUUGGACAGUCCAGGUUUACCAUGUCUUUCGAACCUUGUAUUCCAUUGCCGUUGCCACAUGACAUCCUUCAAUCUGUGGCAUCGAAAGCAACAGAUUGGGCUCUACUGCAUGGUGAGACUUAGUUCUACUAAGGUGAAUGGUUCACCCCUCCCUGUAAAGUGGAGUGAAAUGCUUGGGAGGGUUAUCUGGGGGUUCCAGAGUGAAUUGACCUUCAUGAGCCUUGAGCUCUAUGUGCCUCUACAUGUAUGAUUUAGCCUAAUUUAAUAUUAAGGCUAUUUUCGCUCAUUCAGGAGUUGGAAUGAGGCCUAAGACAAGCUUCAGUCCUGACUCCAUCACCUUUGCGCCAUUCGUCCUUGUUCCUUCCACAUUCCCCCAUCAUGAGUUUAUGAAAGUGAAGAGCUUGCAACCUGCCAUCAAUAAACUCAUCCACAGGGUAGCACAUGACCAGAAAUUCCUAAAGGAAUCUCUGAUGAACACAGUGAAGGUUGAUGAUUUCACAGGUCGGCUCUUCCAGAUUUAUGAGGCUGUUCACAGUGAAGGAAUUUCUCAGAGGAUAAGCCUGGGACUCUUGAGAUCAGACUACUUCUUGCAUUCUUCCACUGGACGUGUGUUGCAAGUAGAAGUAAACACAAUAGCAUCUAGCUUUGCUGGAAUUGCUACACAGGUGUCUCUCUAUCAUAGGUAUAUCCUAUCAGAACUGGGUGCCUAUGAACAUCUUCAAUAUCUUCCAGACAAUCAAGCCCUCCAGAGUCUUGUAGCAGGAAUGCUUAAGGCUUGGGAAAUGUAUGGAUGUGAACAAGCUGUCAUCUUGUUCAUUGUGGAAGAUAUCACCUACAACAUCUGUGAUCAGAGGUUUCAUGAGUUUCAGAUUCAAACCCAGAAUCCCAAAGUUAGAGUCAUGAGAUGCACCCUGACAGAUGUUGGGCAAUAUGGGACAUUGGACAAGGAAAAGAAACUUUAUGUGAAGGGAAAAGAAGUUGCUGUUAUUUACUUUCGUGCUGGUUACAGUCCCGAACACUAUCACAGCUCAUUGGAAUGGGAUGCUCGACUGCUUAUGGAGAGGUCUAAGGCAAUCAAGUCACCCUCGAUACAAUAUCAUUUGGCUGGAACAAAGAAGGUACAACAGGAGCUUGCGCGUCCCAAUGCUGUGGAAAGGUUCAUAGAAAAUGAAGAAGAUGCAAAGGCUAUUAGGGCCUUAUUUGCUGGACUAUAUUCACUUGAUAUGAAUGAAGAAGGUGAUGAAUCAGUGAAGAUGGCAAUUAAGAACCCACAUGCAUAUAUCUUGAAACCUCAAAGAGAAGGAGGAGGGAAUAACAUCUAUGGAAAAGAUGUUCGAGAAACACUGGAGAGAAUUGGGAAGAAGAAGGAACGAACAGGGUAUAUUCUCAUGGAUAGAAUCGUCCCUCCAAUUCAGAAGAACUACAUUGUCCGGCCUGGCAGUGCACCUGAGUUGAAUGAUGUCAUCUCAGAACUUGGGAUCUUUGGAACUAUUAUUGGAGACAGUGAGGAGAUCUUCUGGAAUCAGGAAGCUGGGCACAUGCUGAGAACCAAGCUGUCUACUGCUAAUGAAGGUGGAGUUGCUGCUGGUGUGGGAGCUCUUGACAGCCCUUACCUCUUCAGUUAAAGAGCUCAUGGCACAUGUCAUUGUCAUAUGAUGUGCAAUAAUCAUUUGCUUUCUCUCAACAAUAAUGACAGAUAGUGAGUAAUUAUUUAGCAUUUGCAAUGCAUUCCCUGAAGACCAGAUAAAUAAAUUAUUUGCAUUUUUA